ACAACAGAACAGGGCUCUUCCUCGUCUCCCCUUCCCUCCCCAGCCAUGGCCUCGGCCCCGGGAUACCCCAAAGGCCGCAAAUCCAAAUCCUCUCUCCCCUGCCAUUACUAUGAAGGCUACGUGGAGAAGAAGGGCCCCAAGGAUCGGGACUUUAAGAAGUUCUGGGCUGGGCUCCAGGGCCUCACACUGUAUUUCUACAACAGCAUUCGGGACCCCCAGUAUGUGGAGAAGGUGGAUUUGGAGACGUUUGUGUCGCUGACAGACGAUGCCCCAAGGACCGGGCUAGGGGGCAGCCCCAGGGAUGGGGGAACCUGGCUAUGCCUAUCGCUCCGGAACCAGGAACUCCUACUCAAGGUGGAGAGUCUGGAGGCACGGGAGAUGUGGAAGGGGUUCAUCCUCACGGUGGUAGAGAUGAAGGUCCCUUCCAAUCUGACCCUGCUCCCAGGGCACAAGUACAUGAUGGCGGAGGCCCUGGCCAAGGAGGAGGAACGCCGAGCCCACGAGAUACCUCACUGCUUCCUGAAGGUCAGCCGACUGGAGGCCCAGCUGCUCUUGGAGCGCUACCCCGAAUGCGGGAAUUUGCUCCUGAGGCCAGGGAGCGACAGGGCCGGCAUCUCCGUCACCACCCGCCAGAUGCUCAAUGGGACCGAAGUUGUGCGGCACUACAAGGUGAAACAGGAGGGGCAACUGUACAUCAUUGAUGUGGAGGAGCCGUUCUCCUGCUCGUCUCUCUGGGCUGUAGUGAACUAUUUUGUCUCCAACACCAAGAAAGCGCUGGUCCCAUUCCAGAUGGAUGAAGACUAUGAGAAGGUGAUAGGGUUUGUGGAGUCCAACAAAGAGAACGGAGAGAGUAGCUGGGCCGCCUCCAAGUCCUUCCCACCUCCAGCUGCAUCUAGCCCAGUGCCUGGUAAACAACCCGUGAAGCCCCCCGGCCUGGACAAAAAUCCCUUGAAGCCCCCCACGAUAGGUCCCAUGCCACCCUCUGAAGAGAACUACGUGAUCCCCAUCAGCGAGCCCCAUACCCAAUAUGUCAAUGAAGAGGAAGUUGCUGAAUUCCAACGCUCGAAGCCCAGCGGGCUGCCCCUGAACCGGCCCAAUGGUGUGAAAACCAAGUGGGCAGCGAAGACCCAGGAGAAGGAGCCUCCUCCCCUGACCAGAACAGAGCCGAAAGGCCUCAUCUCCUCUGCCACCCCGAAGAAAUCUGGAAUUAGCUCUUCACACCCCAAAUUCCUGGCUUCCAUGGGCAUCUGCACCGAAAUGUCAGAGGAACUGGAGCGGAAGCUGCAGCUGCGCAGAGCGACCCUGGACGAGUGACCUGCACCGCUGAAGCCUGUCUCCAGCCACUGCUACAGGGAGCCUGAGGCUAAGGCCUCUUCCCCUCCCCAGUACCAGUUUGACAGGCCCCAGCAAACAAGGACCAUCCUGCCCCGUUCCCCGCAUCCUGAGCCCAGGGGAUGCCAACUAGACCUGGAGCCCGAGUGGCUGGGACACAACCCAGGGGCCAGAGAAGGGCAUGAGCCAAAUCUUUGCCUUCGAUCUGCACCCCUUAGCCCCCAGCACUCCCUUCGGGUAUUAAAAGGGUUCAUUCUCA